AACUGGCAAACCCUAGGCCGAACAAUUGACAAAAGUUCACAGCUGUAAGCAACUUUUCUUCAUAACCGAACCACUCAACCCCCCCAAGGUACAACCAAUCACCCCCGCUACCUAACUUCGGUGUCGUUCUUAAGUUGUCGCUUUGGUAAGUCGUCGAUAUUUACAUAAACUUCCUGCUUCAUAUAUACCUCCUAUAUACUUUCCAUACCGAAUACUCUCACAUUCAAUAUGGCCAACCCCAGAGUCGAGGAACUUCCCGAUGAGGAGCCCAAGAAGGUCUCCGUCGAAGAGCACGAUGACGAUGAUAGCUCCGAUUCCGAGAUUGAGGUUGGCGAGGGCGGCGCUUCAGGCUCUACCGCCGUCGUCCACUCCCGUAACGAGAAGAAGGCCCGUAAAGCCAUCGAGAAGCUUCACCUAACCCGUGUCACCGGCAUCACCCGAGUCACCCUCCGACGACCAAAGAACAUCCUGUUUGUUAUCAACAACCCGGAAGUUUACAAAUCGCCCAACAGCAACACCUACAUCGUCUUCGGCGAGGCCAAGAUUGAGGACCUCAACUCGGCUGCCCAGCAAGCUGCGGCCCAGUCCCUUGCCGCUAGUGGUGGUGAGCACGACCACGCUGGUCACGACCACAGCCACGGCGAGCCCAGCAAAGCCGCCGAGGACGCCGAGGAAAAGAAAGAUGAGGACGACGACGACGAAGAAGUCGAUGCUGAAGGGCUCGAGGAUAAGGAUAUCGAGCUGGUUAUGACUCAAGCCAACGUCAAACGAAACAAGGCCAUCAAAGCGCUAAAAGAAAACGAUAACGACAUAGUCAAUUCGAUUAUGGCGCUGAGCGUUUAAUGACGGAACUUGAUUAGGAAGGAUGGGUCAAACUCCGGACACGUUGGCUGGAUGCAUGCCACAACGGAAAAGUCUGCAAGGGGAAAUGAAAAAACCAAAUGGAAAGUCGGUUGGCAGUGUAUUGCAUGCUACGAUAUCUUACAAUGGAUUACUGAGCCGUUGUGAAUAAUUCACUUCGAGCUUAAUGACGAUUCGACUACUAUGUUGGCGACUGCACCUUUAAUAUAAUUUUCUCCAAUGUGAGGUCUUGCUAGUGAUACCCGAACAUGAAAGCCACAAUAGAUAGAUCCGGCAGGUUUCUACUAGUAGAACAGUAAUAGUACAAGACGAUUACUAGUAUACCUACCAUGUUCUCAAUACCAAAC